AGAUGCUGAGGUGACAGCAGGCAGAAGGAGAAAAGGGACGACCAACACUCCGACAUAUUUCACCCUGUACGUCUGUUUGUUAUUCUCUAACAUUUCCUACAAACGCGACCACCGCCGCCAUCUCUUCUUCAUGGACGGCUCCCUCGCGAUGGGAUUCCGCUUAAUGUCGUCCCCCCCGCCUCCAAAAGCAGAGGAUUUGUUGUAACCACACCCGGCUGUUCUUUGGAUUGGAUCAAGGAUUGGCAGCAAAGACCCGAGGGUUCUCCAAAAGGCCCAAAUGCUCCUCCAAGUUUGAGGCCGCUGGUCGAGGGGGGGGAAGCAGUGAGGACAUUGUCCCAGGUCCACAGACGGGAUGAGCGGGGGAACGGAGCAAGCUGACAUCCUAACAGUGCUCUCCCUGGUCAAGGAACGAUGGAAAGUGGUGAAGAAGAUCGGGGGAGGCGGGUUCGGGGAGAUCUACGAGGCGGUGGACCUCCUGACGCGGGUCAGCGUGGCUCUGAAGGUGGAGUCGGCCCAGCAGCCCAAACAGGUGCUCAAGAUGGAGGUGGCCGUGCUGAAGAAGCUCCAGGGUAAAGACCACGUGUGUCGCUUUGUGGGAUGUGGCCGCAACGACCGCUUCAACUACGUGGUGAUGGAGCUUCAGGGUCGUAACCUGGCUGACCUGAGGAGGAGUAUGACUCGGGGAACCUUCAGCAUCAGCACCACGCUGCGUCUGGGGCGGCAGAUCCUGGAGGCCAUCGAGAGCAUCCACUCUGUCGGCUUCCUGCAUCGUGACAUCAAACCGUCCAAUUUCGCAAUGGGCCGCUUCCCGAGUACGUGUCGGACCUGCUACAUGCUGGACUUCGGUUUGGCGCGUCAGUUCACCAACUCCUGCCAGGAGGUCCGACCUCCUCGUCCAGUGGCAGGGUUCAGGGGAACAGUCAGAUAUGCAUCUGUCAAUGCCCACAAGAAUAAGGAGAUGGGUCGUCACGAUGAUCUGUGGUCUCUCUUCUACAUGCUGGUGGAGUUUCUGGUCGGGCAGCUGCCAUGGAGGAAGAUCAAGGACAAAGAACAUGUGGGGAAGCUGAAGGAUACUUACGACCAUCGUCUGAUGCUCAAACACCUGCCGGCAGAGUUUGGUGUUUUCUUGGAACACAUCGCCACGCUCGACUACUUCACAAAGCCAGACUACGAGCUGCUGAUGUCGGUGUUUGACAACAGCAUGAAAACCUACAAUGUUGUGGAGAAUGACCCGUACGACUGGGAGCGGACCGGCACCGAUGGCACUUUAACGAUCAGUGCCAGCGCCACGACACCGCAGCAUCACACGCGCCUCACUCCGGCACACAUGGGUAUGGCGAAUGCCUCCCUGAUCCCUGGCGACCUGCUGAGGGAAAACACAGACGAGGUUCUGCAGGACGAGCAGCUCAGCGACGUGGAGAACAACCCAGCUCCGGACCGCCUGACGGGAUCUCCGCUCCACCCUCACCGCAACCAGGAGGCGGAUGUGUGGGAGGAGCUCGACCGCAACCGGAACCGCAUAAGGACGGCAGUCUGGAAGGCGGCAACGGAGGAUGAACAAAGCAACAACCAGGGCAACCACGCUCACCAGGGCUAUGCUGGGCCGAGCCUGGGUUCUCCAGUCAAACUGCACUCUGAGCUGGGGGCUUCAGAACGUGAUGGCCUCCUGCUCAGGAAGCUCCGCAACAUCCACAGUUUGGAUAUGGAGAGGAGGCUCAGCCUAGAAGCCAAACCCAGUCCAGAGCGCUUCCUGGAGACCUGCUCAGGGAAGCAGCAGCUCGGCCCCCAGCAGCAGGACAUGGCGUCUGACGGAGCAGCGAUCAUCCCGGUAACUCAGGGUCAGGCUGUACCUGCCGGUGAGCGCCACGACAGGGUCUGGCACUACGACGAGGAGUUCCGGUUGAGCGGUGGAUCUCCUAAGCCGGCAUCCUGUGGAUCCCUGGAGCAGGGAGAGGGGGCAGCCAUCAGCGGUGGCUUUGUGGCCCUGAACCUGAGCUCUGGGAGGCAAGACAUUGACUCAAGGGAGUGGGUAAUGGUGGAGAGGCCCGGCGGCUCUCCUGGAGCCAAGACCGCCACCUCGGAGGAGGAUGAGGAGCCAGAGAUGCUCCAGCAGGGGGAUCAGUCUCCUGGCUGGGAAAAGUGCAGUCCCAGCCCCCACUCUGGCAAAGCUAGACGAGAAAGCACGGCUUCCUCCAAGGGAAGUACAAAAGUGGACAAGUUGGAGCUUAGCGUGGGCCCCGGCGGGGGUCUGCCUCCCGUUACUCCCACCAGCCCGGGUGAAGCUCUGGCUGAAGGAGUUCUCACUCAGUUCCCCACCUCUCCUCCGUCCCUGCCUGAAGAAGUCGCAUUCAGGACCUCCAGCCCCAUCCCUCUGCGCUCUCCCAGCCCUCACACACUCCUGACCACCCUGUCGGACCCGUUGCACCUGCGCCACCCACCCUCCCUGAGGCGCAGCAUGUCCGUCGACCCGCAGCAGCAGGAGCGCGCCUCCUCCUCCUCCUCCUGCCACGCCUCCCUACCACCAUACCCCGCUACCGGCACUCGCUCACCCGCUCGCAGGAAACUGCCGGCCAUCCCGGCGGGCGCUGCCAACGCCAAGUUUCCCUCCGUCAUACGCAUCACUCGCGCCCAGCUUCAGCAGUUGACUGCUCAGCGUCCCUCUGGGCUUUCCUCCCAGUCGGGAUCAGACAGUGCUCCACAGUGCCUCCUGCUGGAGAGGCGGGUUGAGGCUGAAGCUGAGACUCAGCAGGUGCAGGAGCACACAGCAGACAUCGGCUCCCCCCAGGACCAUGUGCCCACCCAUCCCGGGACUCCCACGGACCCCCUGGCUGAGAUAAUGGUCAAUGGAGACAUGUUUCCCAAAGCUCAAAGCCCUCCGCCAAACCGUGUGUCUUCCCCUCGCUCCCCACGCUCUCCACACUCGCCUCCUCUGCACUUGCCUUCCUCUCCUCGUUCCCCUCACUCCCCUCACUCCCCUCACUCCCCUCACUCCCCUCGCUCCCCUCACUCCCCUCGAAGCCCCUUGUUUGCCAACGGCCACCUCUCCCCUUCUGUUAACAGCCAAAGGGAUUUAAGUUACGGAGCGUUCCCCAAGCUGAAAGACCCUAAGAAUGAUUCUGGCCCGAAUCCCUGUGCCACAGAGCCUCAGCUGAGGGGGGAGGGGAGCAGAGAGAUGAACCACGAUCAGACCAAUGGACCAGCCCCCUCCUCCCCGGCUGCCCCCCGUAAGGACCCCAGCCGGAGGCACAGUCGCAUCCCAAUCCUGGAGCCCUUCAGCCUGCUGGAUCUCCCUCCUGCGGGGUCCGCCAAGGAGAAACUCCUCCAGAAAAAAGCCAACCACCAGGGCUCGGUCCCCUCUCCCACGGCUUCACCCUCUCUCUCUGAUAGGCGUGGCCCCAUGAUGGCGUCCCUCGCUAGGGAUCCGCUGUCCUCCAACUCUGACCGCUCUCAGGAUGAGGACUCUCUCAUGGGCUCCCGCUCUGACCGGCAGGGAGAUGAUGCUCCCUCCCUUUCCUCCUCCUCCAGCCCUCUGUCCCGCAAGAGCAGGAUCCCCCGUCCCGUUCAUUCGGCUGCUUCUGCCGAGCAGCUGGCCGCCCAAUACCUGCCGCGCCCGCCCCCUGGAAAACCACCGUGCCGCCCCACAGCGGAGGGCAGGCUCAGACGUUACCGCAUCCGAGCCGGCAGCAACAGUGACUCAGACCUGCUGACAUGCCUCGCUCAACUGAUGCAUGGUUCCCGGGGCUCCCCCCUCCACCACCGCUCCUCAGCCCAGCACGGGGGCUCCAGGAUGGGCGUCUGCAGCCUGACGAGCUCCCCACACCACCACCGCAGCUCCAGCGCCUCCCCGCGCAGCUCCUCUUCCCUGCAGCGCUCCGUCAGCUCCUCGCCCUCCCGCCACGAGCACCGGGGAGCCGGGGGAGGGGGUUGCCUGGGCCGCAGCCGCUCACCUCCCAGCUUCUCCGGCUCGCCACCUCCUCGCCGCUUCUACCCUCACCACCAGGAAACCUGCUGCAGCCGCCAGGCUCGCACGGGCCCCUUCCACCUGUCCAGGGGAAAGAGCUGCAGCCGAGAGGGCAAGUGCUCCAGCAAGCUGGCCAGAUAGUUUCCCUGCAGGUGACGCUGCCGCAGCAGAGGACUGGAAGGCUCCAGUUUCUUGAUAGUUUGGUCAGGAUUAAAGCCUGAGUCUUCCUGUAUCAGUUUCCCUUCUUACUCUGUCAGUCUGAACCUUGUCUCGCUGUUCCCCGCUGUUCUCUUCCUUCUAUUUGCACACAGGGUGUCUCAUUGAUUUAUGUGCCCAGCUUUAUUGGAGUGAUUUAGUAAUGCACUUCCACUUCCAUUUUGACUUGAAAAACAAAUCUGUGGGACAGAAUAUGAGAUAUCCUGACUUUUAGUCUCUUAAACUCUUUUAAAGCUCUUACAUUUUCCAUAAUGUAACUUAAAAGCACCCACUUUAUAAUGAAGGCUUACUGUUGAAGUCGAACCCCAUCUGACAUUCACCGGCUGCAGAGUACUUCUUACGACGAGUAAACUGAGCCUCAAGUGUAAAAUCGGUGCUUCUUUAAGAACUUACUAGACAAGCCAUGUUGACGAGUCAGGGUCCUCAUUUCAUCAUUAUGUUGUAGAACAAAAGAGCAUAGCUGCAAGAUGAAUCAGUGGUUUGCCCAUGCAGGCAGCACUGUAAUAUGUAAACUAAUAGUUAUUUUGGCCAGCGGGCACAUAAAUAAAUCAGCUUCCUGUUUCUUCAUCUUCAUGCAUCCUGCACCACAAUGUAAUGUAACUUAUUUAUCCCCAGUAUUAAUGCACUUGGAAUACACUGAUGGAAGAUCAGUAAACAUGAUCACAACUUAAUUAAAUAUUGCCCUGGGGCUGACCCAGUUAUCUCCUCUGCACUCAGAGAUUGCAGGCAGGGUAUGAUGUUUACUUUAUGUUAUAUCCGAAUGCAUAAAGCCAAUAUUUGUGUACAGUUGUAUUUAUUGAGAUAUUUAUUUUGAUGCUUAGCAAUGCUUGAGACUCUUACCCUCUUCUGUGUGAUGGUGGAUGUAUGGUUUCGUGUCACUCACAUUAGUUUUAAAUGUUAAAUUAAAAGGGAUUAUUCUAAAAAAAUCCUUUUAUACAAUCAAUCAUGUCAAGUGCGUGAGGACACACACCUUUUUGUGCCUACUGUGUUGCUAAGAGGGAAUCAGAAGUGUUUCGCUGACUGAAGGGAUUACAGGUUAGCAGUGUGUUAGUGGUAGUUAUUCAGUAGUAGCAGUAGAUAGCUUAAGCAACACAAGGUACAUUACUGAGUAAUGUUCAGACACAGAUGUUUGUCUCAGCGUGUGCCUUGGCACUUUAGGGCAGCUUGGGGAUUCACUUUGUUUGUAUUUAAACAAAAAGGAGCCAAAAACAGUCUUGUGCCAGUGGUUAGAAGACAACCCUUUUAACCAGUAUUCUUAGAAAAAGGUAGCAACACCAAUAUUUGUAAAUCAAACACAAUUAGAGUUACUUGAGUAGCAAUUAUUUGUAAUGACAAAAAAAGGAGAUAUUUUAAGUGGAACCCAUCACAACUGUCCUGUUUAUAUAUACCAGGUCAGUCCUGGAGAUACAACUUGAUAAAAAUGUGAUUUUUAGACCUCAAACAUCUUGUCAAACGUUAUUGAAAAUCGAGGCCAUAUGUAAAUAUAUUUCCCACACCAAAAUGAUGUUCCACGCUUCCAUGCCAGAUAGUUUUCUUGACAGUUUUUGUUCCUCCUGUGCCGAAGAAUGUCUUUUAUAUAAUGACAUACAGUAUGUUUGUGCACAAGGGAAAGGAAUCAGAGUAUUGUUUGUGUUUGAUUUAGUUAGGAUUCCUCACUGAACCUCCACCACCUCCUCCCACUCCUCUGCUUGUAAGAUAGUGUAAAAUAACUCCAGCUUCCUUCCGAUGCUACUCUUUGCAUGCUCAACAGAAAAAAAAACACAGAAUCAACGACCGAGUAAAAAGCUGCAUACCACUCCCCCUCACACGGCAUCUUUCUUGUAACCCAGCAGUGAUUCAUAUUUUCUCUGACCCAUCUUAUAUUCUUUCUAUUCCUCCUCUUCCCUCCUGAUGUCUUGUUUUCUGUGCUUCCUGCACUGACUUCACUGGGAUGAUUGCGUCGCAGGACUACGAUAGACCGUACGAGCCCCGAGGACUGUGAAAAUAACUGACAUUAUGAUGAAAUCAAACAGAAGAAUAAGGAGAAUAGACUUUACAACUGUGAUUUGAAAAAUCAAAAGGGUAGUAUAGAUGCUUUUAGGUGGGGUUGCAUAAGGUACUUCAGUCUAUUAUUUACAGUAGAUAACUGUGGGCGCGUUUAACGUCACAAAGAAGAAGACCCCAAGGGGAAAUCUAAAAAAGUAAAGUAAUGUACUGCUAUUAUCGUGGGGGGCCGCAGCAAAACAUAUUGUACCCACUUAAAACAACAAGGCCGACCUAGAAUUUUAAUAUCAGUUUAAGUGAACAGUAUAUACAUUUUCAUCCCUUUACCUUACUGUCUAACAAGUACAGACGAGUCCCCGAAGCCUUGAUCUAUACUGUAAUAUCCUGACUAUGUAAAUUACCUCAUGCAACCCACCUUCAACAGCAGUCAUAGCAGCUACACAUAUGGAAAAAAGAAACGAAUCACAUUGCCAAAUAUUUUGAUAGAUUUUGCAGAUGUGGUUUGAUAAAAUGAGAGCGUACAGAGAUUGAAUGUUGCUUUGUAGUUAUAUAAAUUGUGCUGUUCCGUGCAGAUCUUGGAGAUAUAUCUACUCUCACAGAGCAGCUAUGAUGACUCAUCCUGAAGGCAGACAGCGUUCAGUCAGUCAGUCGCCUUAAUGUCUCCUCUCUGCCCCUCUGUGCAUAGCGAGGGAUGACUGAGCCUUGUCUGUGUUGGAGAUCAUUCCACUAUUCGGCCAAGCCAAGCCUUUCUGUCACUCAUCAUCCUUGUGUGUGAAAGGCAUGUGCCUGUCAGCGUGGUCAAUAUAUCAACAGUGAAAAUCAAUGCUGUCAGACCCUUGUGCUUACCAAGCCGGAGAGAUCCAUGUUUUUCUGUGAGAGUGCGUGGGGAAAUGUAUCGAUCGACUGGGUGCAGCAUUCGAGAUGUGUGUGUUAGUGUGAUAGCUGUAUGCUCUCAAACUGGAGUGUGCAAUUCCUUACAUGUCGCCAGCAAUCAAUCUUUGAAUCGUCCCUCUUUCAACUCAAGAUAUUUCAAGCUUUCAAAGUUCCGAACGCAGUUGUGCAGACUUUUAAUAUAUACCUGUAAAAUAUAAAGUAAUUAUUUAAAUAAAAAGUAACUAUUGUAAACUUAAAUGCUAACAGGCUUCAGUGAAAGGGAGGAACAGACACUAAACAGUGCUGCUGGUUUCUAAAGAUAUCGGAUUCCUUCUCAUGUUUUCUUUAUUAUGAUCGCACAUAAGUGAUGUGGAGAUGUAGUACUAGUGUUACCCUCCAGAUGAGAUUCUCUUUGUCGCUUUUUAAAGUGGCUUGCUCAUAGAAAGGUUUCAUAUUUAUAGUAGCUUGCUGGGUAUUUGUGGUUAAAUACCCAUAUGCCAGCAAAAGAAACCCAGAUGUUUUAAUUUAUUUUAGGCGGAAACUAAUGAUAGCUUUGGUGUGCACGUGUACACUUCUCAUGUCAUUACAUUGAAUUGCUUGUAAGUAACUUCUAAAUACUUGACAGAAAUUAUUUAUUGUGACAUUUGCUAAUUCACCCAUCCAUCAUUUUGACUUCAAUUGUCGGGAUUUUUUUUAAUGGUGGAUAUUUUUCUGUUGUAAUGUACGUCCUGGUUUUGAAAUGUUACUGUACAGUUUCAAGGAAAGAGUGUAACAAGUGGGAGUUUUGCAUUGUAUAUAACUGUAAUUAUUUAUGUUUAUUCUAUCAUUUGUAUCAUAUCAAUGCCUUGUACAGUGUUUCUUUCUGUUCUGUUUUGAAAUUAUUUUGUAUUUUAUUUUUAUAAACUGGUUAUAAAUAAAAUACUCAUUCCGCAUGCAGACAUA